AAAAAGACACUUUGCAGGAGUGUCGUAGCAGCACCCAGAAAAAUCCUGCCGAGCUGUCUGGAUGCCGUCCAGUUAAUGGGAGCCAGUGUUCCAGAGAGCGGACGCUGCUGAGACACGGAGGAGGCGGGCAGACAGGCGAACUGCGUCGCGGUAAACAACAGCAAGGAGCAACAUACGUUCAAAAAAAAAAUAGAUUUAGCUGUACCAACCUCUAAACACUGUUUACUCUACUUGGAGGUUAUGCGUGCGCCGAAAAAAUGACUGUCACUCUGUGUUGCAGUGUAGGCUACUUGUUAUGCUAAUUACCCCCCAAUGACUGGGAAUACGCAAUUAUUUAUGAAGUAUUACGUAUGCUCUGCACUUAGUAGCCUGUACAGUUAGGCUAGUUAUUUUGGCUAGCGGCUCUGCAUUUGUCAGUCUUAGGGAAAGGAGACAUGGGAGACAAUUUGCCAGGAGCUGCUGUCGUCUUCGGCAGGUGAAUCGCGCUGUGGAUAGAGGCAACGUACCGCUGAAAGUAUCUGAAGGAUCUUCGUCAACGCCAGCACAGCACGAAAACUUGGAUUAUUGCCCUCUGUGUCGAAACGGAAAUAAUGUUGGAGAUAAACGCGGCGUUCGUGAAAUAGCCGAAAAACCGACGCAGGUGGGAAAUGACAUAAUAUUAAACUUGUUCGUUUCCUAUCAAUUCAGUUUCUGAUCUUGCACGCGGCACACGCAUUCGGCAGGAGAUGCGUAUUCGAUACGGAAUUGCUUUCUGGCAAGCAACUUUUGGACUUUUAUUCUGCCACUGUGCAUCGAUGAAGUGAGGAGUCAUCGAGAAUCUCCGCAACCGAUAAAGAAUCGGCUGAAAGAAAACUACGCAUUCAUUUCCGCGUCUGCGUAAUAGCUGAAUAUUUGCUUGGGAGAGAAUUUGCUUGGGAUUCACUCAGACUUGAUACAAGCGUCCGCUCACCAGUCAGCUGUUUGUUAUCAACUAGGUACACAAGUUGAAGUUCACAAUUUACUUGGACGGUAGCUCCAUUUACAAUGCCGCGCAGGGACCUCAGAGAUUGAACCGAGGCUGAAGUGUCCAGGGGAAAUAAAGGAGAAUGGCAUACCCAUUGAACAAUUGUGGUGCAAAAUUAUCCGAAAGGAUUUAACCUUAAAGCGACGCCGAGAGAGUGAGUGGCCGACCGAGGAUGUCAGACGGGGCGCGGGACGUGCAUAUACAUUCCUCUCCAGCAGUGGCAGCGAACGCAGAGGGAGAUGAGAUCGAGGUUUUGGAGAGUACGGAGGUCCUUCCCGUGGCCCCAGAGGACCAAUGGAAAUCUCUUUUCGACAAGUUUGACCCGGAGAGCUCAGGCUUCAUCAGCACCGAGCGCUUCCGGGACCUGCUGGCCGCCCACGGCUCCGAGCUGGACCCCCACAAGCUGGAGGUUCUGCUCGCCCUGGCCGACGGCAACGCCGACGGGAAGAUCUGCUACCAGGACUUCGUCAACCUGAUGAGCAACAAGCGCUCCAACAGCUUCCGGCGGGCCAUCCUGCAGGGGGGGCGGCAGCUGAAGGGGACGUCCCUGAGGGAGGAGGCGGGGCUGGGCCUGUCCCAGCGGCUGGUGCGGCACGUGGCCUAUGAAACGCUGCCCCGCGAGAUCGACCGCAAGUGGUACUUCGACAGCUACACCUGCUGCCCCCCGCCCUGGCUCAUCCUGGCCAUCACCAUCGCGGAGGUGGCAGUGUUCAUGUACUAUGGCCUGCAGCUGGACCGCUGGGUGCUGCAGGUGUCCCACCCCCGGUUCCUGAAGGGGCCGCUGCCGUACCACCCCCAGCUACGGGCGCAGGCCUGGCGGUACCUCACUUACGUCUUCAUGCACGCAGGGAUAGAACACCUCGGGCUCAACAUGGCCAUGCAGCUGCUGGUGGGGGUGCCCCUGGAGAUGGUCCACGGAGCCCUGAGGAUCGGCCUGGUGUACGUGUGCGGGGCCCUGGCAGGCUCCCUUGCCGUGUCCGUGGCUGACAUGACCGCGCCGGUGGUGGGGUCGUCGGGAGGGGUCUACGCCCUGGUCUCCGCCCACCUCGCCAACGUCGUCAUGAACUGGUCCGGGAUGAAGUGCCAGUUCAAGCUCUUCCGCAUGGCCAUGGCCCUGGUCUGCAUGAGCGUGGAGUUCGGGCGUGCCGUGUGGCUUCGGUACUACCCCCCGGCCUUCCCGCCCUGCCCCAACCCCAGCUUCGUGGCCCACCUUGGCGGGGUGGCGGUGGGCCUGACCCUCGGGGUGGUGGUCCUCCAGAACUACGAGCAGCGCCUGCAGGAGCAGUCUCUGUUCUGGAUCUUCUUCUCCGUCUACACCCUGUUCGUCCUCUGCGCCGUCUUCUGGAACGUGUUCGCCUACGGCCUGCUGGACGUGAAGCUACCUCCCACCCCUUGAGAGAAAGAGAGAGAGAGAGAGAGAGAGAGAUAGAACAUUUUUUUGGGUGGGGCGUGGGGUUGCGCCCCUGUGGAACCAUCCUGGCAUGCCUUCUCCCACCUAAGACAGCCAGGUACACUCCUGCUGACGGGGUG